AUGUACCACAUAUGGCAGACAUCCACAGUGCGCUCGAAACGGGUGAUAACCUGCGGAUAUGGGAACAUCCGGCGGAUACUGCAGCUACCGACUGGCCGGCAACAUCGUACACACUUAUCCUUACCGGUUCGAUAUUGCAGCGCCAAUGUACGAACGUUUGAUGCAAUGCUAUCCGCUAGACGAGCGGAAGCCCGAAGAAGCAUACUAGUGCAAGUAAGCUCGGAACGAUCGUACAACGAGUUGUAUCACUAUUGUUCACAGUUCGGUACUAUCGAAAGUUCCCAUCACUACCGGGUGGAUGGUGAUGCGGAAGGCGACUGUCACUACAUACUGCUCGAGUUCGGUUCCUCCGCCGAAACGGACGCCGCAAUGCAGUCCGGUGUGUUUAGCACCGAGCGACCCGGCGUUCGUGCAAGAUCUAUUUUUCUCUGGUUCCGCACAGGUCCGAAGCCGAAGCUAAUCGCACAGGAAGAACCCAAACGACCAUUAGCCCUAGUAGACGGAGCAAAUCCGAUUGGAGAAACAGAACUAAACGGUCUGCUGUCGUCGGCCGAAAGUAUAGACGAUCAAGUUACCAUACUUCACCGUUUAACGAAACUUAACGACGUAGGCAAACGGUUGCGCUUCUUGGCGGUACGACAGUUGGAAUCUUCAUUGCAGGGAAUGUUCCCCCAAGCGGUUGCUCAUCCAUUCGGUUCCUCCGUCAAUGGAUACGGUCGUAUGGGAUGCGAUCUGGACGUGAUACUGGAUCUGGAUUCGCGCUCCGGUGAACCACCGGAUCGAAAUUCCCGUCUCGUGUAUCACACAAAAUCCACUAAUCCUAACGAGCGAACACAAGUUCAGCGACAGUUGGAAUCCAUCGGAGAUGUUCUGCAGCUGUUUCUGCCCGGUGUUAACAGUGUGCGACGAAUACUGAAGGCUCGCGUACCGAUCGUCAAGUAUCACCAUGAACAUUUGGACCUCGAAAUUGACCUCACCAUGAACAAUACGGCAGGCGUGUAUAUGUCCGAGUUGCUGUACCUUUUCGGGCAGCUGGACGCACGUGUGCGUCCCCUUACGUUCUGUGUGCGCCGCUGGGCCCAAUCCGUUGGGCUCACGAACCAAACACCGGGCUAUUGGAUAACGAACUUUUCGCUCACCAUGCUGGUCAUGUACUUUUUGCAGCAAUUAUCACGCCCAGUGUUACCAUCGAUCAACCGGUUGAUCCAACUCAGUGCCACAUUUUCACCGCCAAACAGUCUACACUCCGUCACACGGUUCGGCGAAGGACAAGCCGAUUGGGCGUACACGUUUCUAAAAAAUCCCGCCAUUUACAGUUCGUUCCGAAGCGAGAAUGAGUCAACCCUCGAGCAGCUACUGACAGAGUUUUUCGAAUUCUACUCACAGUUUGACUUUAACCAGCGUGCAAUUAGCCUCAACUUGGGUUCCACCAUUCUUAAGCCGGACCACAGCCCCAUAUACAUUGUGAAUCCGCUGGAAACGGUGCUGAACGUAAGCAAGAACGUAAAUCUCGAGGAAACGGAACUGUUCCGGAUGCAGGUGCGCAAUGCCGUAUGGUUGCUGGAAGCACACGGGAGAGAAUCUGGCACUGCACCGCCGAGCAGCAGCACCGAACCGUGGGGCCUGGUAAGUUUGUUCGGCCCAAAGCAACAGCAACGCAUUACGCCACAAAUGUUCUUUACCAAGCGAAUGCUGAACGUGAAGGAUAUCUUCGAUGAGGUGCCGGCAGUAGAUGAACCGACCCAGUACCGGAACGUGACAGUUAAAAACCAAAUUGCCGCCAUACAGCGUGCAGCAAAGGCGGAAAUACACAAGCUCAGUACGGGCGGUUCAUCUCCUCGUACGGGAAUGGCAAGUGUGGAAGCAAGGACAACCACAUCGAUAGAAGGCACGGGCGUAAAGCUAAAGCGAAACACAAAGCGACGGUGA